AUCCGCCCCUGUAUACGUGGCCCUCACGGAAUAGAAAAUACAGAAUGUUACGGCAGAUAAAGCAAAAGGAAGAAAAAUAGUCAGGAUAUAGUAAGGACACCUGCGCCACUCUUAGCAUUAAAAUGGUGCUUUAGAAAGCCAGAAGACUGAGACCGGUCGGCAGAACAGUAGCAACAAUAAGAAACUAACGAGAAUGAACACUGACAACGGACCAUACGAUCACUGAGAGAGUAAUGGAAGCGAUUGCAUAGAGCCGACCUAUAUAUAUUCAUAAAGCUUUUAAGUCAGGUUAAUUUUAUACCCGAAAAUAAAUUCAUAAUAAUUCUUAAUUUCAUUUCUCUCAAAAGAUUUUGGCGUCCCAUACUCUAUUUCAAUUUAUUAAUUCGCUCGGUGGUGACGCUGUCCAUGUUUACGACGAAGAACUUUAAAGAAGGCUGCUUGUUUACAAACUAUUUGAAUGGAACGAUGGUUCUAUCCUUUAAUAUAUUGCUUUGUAUUUGUUUCUGCAAACUCUGUAAAUAAGUAUGUAUUGUCAGUGUUGCGCUUCACCUUCCCAACUCUGUUUCAAGGAUGGCAGACUCUGGUUGGAUUCCUCUUGCUUGGUUGUAUAUCAGUAUUGGGACACUUCAACUUCACCCCACCAUCAAGAGGAGUAGUGUUUCCUUGGAUACCAGCAAUCGUGUUGUUUGUUCUUAGCAUCUACAGUGCAUCCAAAGCUCUCUCAAAGUUGCCUGUUCCUAUAUUUUGUGUUCUGCAUUCAAGUACUGAGAUAAUAUUAGCUUGUGGUGAUUGGCUGAUCUUCCGUGGUAUAUCUGGUUCGUUGAACCAGUUCAGUUUGGUCCUUAUAAUUCUCUCAUGUGGCUUGGUUUGGCAGUCAGAUCCUGAGGUUGAUAUGUAUGGCUACAUAUGGAUGGCUAGCCAUGUCUUGUCAUCAGGACUGUAUUCUAUCAUUACCACACUAAAGCGGUCACCACAGUUCAGUGAAUUUGAUAAGCUGCUAUACAACUACCUCGGUAGUGUCAUUAUAUUAGCACCAUCAAGCAUUAUAUUAGGAGAUGUUGUAGCAGCUCAGCACUUCCCCCACUGGUAUCUUCAUAAAUUCUACAUUGGCUGUUUUUUGAGUGGGAUUCUUGGAGGCACACUGGGACUACUGACAAUUCACCUUAGCAAGUCAAUGGGAGCUUACCACUUCAAAGUGGUCUUGGUUAUUAAAAAAUUCCUGACGUUUUUCACUAGGAUUAUUGAAUGCAGGAGCUUGGAAUUGGAAGGCAAAUAUACUGGUAUUACAGUGUGUUACUCGUAUACUCGUAGACAACAAAACAUUUUUUUUUUUUAAGUUAUUUAUUAAGUCACUUAUGUCUGGCCAGACAAAACCUUUGGGUACUUGUUCCUCCUUUGUUCUGACAUCAUCCUCUUUCUUUUUGAAUGAUUUUGUAAAUUUGGAGGAUAUAAAGGCAUUAUUAUUAAUUGUAUUUGUAACUAAAUAUACAGGCAUUCCAUUCAACUUACUAAAGCAUUUAUCUGGCAGAAACAUACCAGACAGAUCUUUAUAUUAUACCUGUACAGUAUUUCUUGUGUUUUAUAAAUUUUGCCUGCACAAACAUCCUAUGAGAUAACACAUACCUGCCAUGCCAUGUAGGACCAAAUCACACUGAUGCAAGGUGGCAGCCAAGAAUACUACCAAUCCACAGCUGUUGGACCAAUUGUACGAUUACAUGAUGGCAGCCAAUGUAACUACCAAUCGACAGCUGUUGGACCAAUUGUACUAUUAAAUGAUGGCAGCAAAUGUAACUACAAUUCCACAGCUGUUAGACCAAUUGUACCAUUACUUGAUGGCAGCCAAUGUAACUACCAUUCCACAGCUGUUGGACCAAUUGUACCUUUAUAUGAUGGCAGCCAAUGUAACUACAGUACCAUUCCAUAGCUGUAGAUGUUUUGUGCAAUUUCAAAUGCUCACAUGCAGUGAUAAUAGCCAAUAUAUUCUGAUAUCAGUGAGUGUGUCUGCCAUCGCCUUGCAACAGUCAAACCCAGUAUGUUUACAUUUGUAUUAGUUGGAUGAAUGCAACUGCCUAUUAAACUAUUAAAUGAUCAUGUGUGACUGCCAUUUACCUAUCAAAUUGUUUUUUGUUUGUUUUUUUUUAUUAGAAUAUUAGUAUGUACUGUACCUGUGUGGGAAUACCAGGCCUCUUUCCUCAUGUCAGGGGUGAAUGUGACUGCCUAAACCUAUUGUAUGAUCAUGUGGAACCAUUUGUUUAACCUAUCAAAAUUGUUGUUAGUGUACAAGUCAGAAUGUCUUUAAAUGUAAAGAGUUAAUGUAAUGAGCAAGUUAUUCAGUAAGUUCGUGAGCAGGGGUGGGCAUUAUUAAAAUUGGUCGGAGGGCCAAAGUGAAUUUUUGAUUGAACGCCGAGGGCCGCACGCAAACUUUGAUGUUACAGUGCACUUCCAAAAACCUUCAUACUGUUUUAUGGCCACUUUAGGCACAGUUUUACUAUUACUGUUUACAGAUGAUUGGUCAAACAGGGUAGGGCUUGUAAUUCAUUUUCACGGGCCGCAAAAAAAUCACUGUCGGGCCACAUUUUGCCCACCUACAGUAUGUUAGUAAAUACAUAAAUUAUGUAUAUCACAAAGUGUCCAUGAGUUUGUGACCAUAUGACGUAACACCAUGGUUGAAGCAUGGAGGAUUAAACAAAACUUCUUCCUCCAUGGCUGAAGAAAGUUAACCAAAUUGCUGUUAUUUUUGUUGAAAUUCAUUUAAUUUGGUCAGUAAAUGUAUUUUGAAAUGAAUUAGCUCUUUUGCUCCUUAAGUUGGGGUUCCAGGCAACCAUGUCUGGAGACCAAGUUUAUUCCGACAACAGGAAUCAUCUGGCUUGGGUGACCCUACUUAGUACUGGAAGCACAUUCAUCUGCCAGCAUAGCUACUAGGGCAGGAAAGCCUUGCUACCUACCAGACUGUAGGCUUAGGACAAUCAGAGGAAACUAUUAAUGCAGUUUACCUCAUACAAGACCCUAAGCCUAAUUAAUGAAAUACAAUAAAAUUUAAUUCUUCAAUUGCAUGUUUUGUAAGUUAUUAAAAUAUUUUCCUCGCCAAUCACAAACGUACAAAUUCAAUUCAGUGCUGGCACUACGAUCAGUUCAACAGAGAUCAGCAUGGUCUAGGGACAAGGCCAAAGGAUAAGCACCCUUCAUUCAUUUCACCCUUGACGCCGCCACCGACACCAUUUUCCCUUUUUAUAAUUUAAAUAUUUUCAUUCUACAGUUCGCCCUGCAAUUUGAGACCUUUAAUUUAAAGACCCCUUUUUUGGAGUACCAACAGAUUGUCCUAAAUCUUUUAACAGAAGGACCACCCCACAUUUUCAGGUCCUAAAGGUGGUCUUCAUUUGGAGGGCCAAUUGUAAAUCAGCAAAAAGUGAAUGUUAUAGAUUUGUGUCAGAAGUUAAUAACUUGCGUGAUCCUUUGAAAUGAGCUUUGUUCUGUUUUUGUAUACGCAAACAAUUUAAUAUCUGAUAUGUUGUUACUACUGUACUCACUUUUUUGUAAAAUAAAUGAAACUACAAAAAA